AUGGUACUAAAUGGGGACCUGCAGCAGCAAUAUGGAGGUAUGUUCCGAUUUGAGAAUUACCUCGCUCAUUCACCUGAGUUUAUUCCUAGUGUGCAGAAUAUAUGGCAACAUAACAUUAUUGGUAUGCCUAUGCAUGCUGUGACACGCAAACUCAAAGCAUUGAAACCAAUCUUCCGAGAGCAAAGGAGGAAUAAGGGGGGUCUAUCGCACAAUGUCCAUAUGGCGAAAGGGUUUCUUGAAGCAGCACAACUACUUGUUAGCUCAAGAAGGCGAGAUGAGCUAUAUAUACAACUAGAACACUGUUGUCGGCUCGUACUGGCCAAAGUAACAAAAUUGGAGCAGAUUAUGUUAAAUCAACGAGCGAAGAUGCAGUGGAUGAAGGGAGGUGAUCAGUGCUCCCGAGUGUUCUUUCGGAAGAUUGCCCAACGAAGAUUAUCAAGGAGGAUCUUCCAGAUCAACGAUGUCCAGGGAUCCACUCACACUGAUCCAGAAGAAGUUAUUAAUGAGUUUGUCACAUACUACCAAAACCUGCUAGGAGGAGAUAGACGAAGAGCAAGUAUUGACAUUCGGUUUCUCAGACCGUGGGCUAGGCACAUUUUGAGUAAUGAGGAGCUACCGCUUUACUAUUACCGUUCACACCAACAGAUGUCAAACAGGCGGUUUUUGACAUUUGCUGAGGACAAGGCCCCAGGCCUGGACGAAUACUCAUCGGGCUUCUUCAAAGCAGCAUGGCCUAUAGUUGGACAAGAGAUCAUUGCAAAGCUCAUUGUCCAAAGGUUGAGUGUGAUAAUGGACAAACUGAUUAACCCAUGCCAAGCGGCAUUUGUGCCGGGACGCAGCAUUGGAGAUAACAUCAUGCUAGCACAGGAACUAUUUAAGGGAUAUAACCAGACUCGUCUACCUCCUAGAUGUGAUCUGAAAGUUGACAUCCGGAAGGCAUAUGACACAGUUUAUUGGGAUUUCUUGAUAGUAGUCAUGGAGAUGUUUGGGUUCCCUAUUACUUUCGUGAAGUGGAUUGAGGAGUGUGUGACAACACCUUCAUUCUCUGUAGGGCUAAGUGGGAAGCCCCAUGGAUUCUUUCGAGGAGCCAGAGGACUUCGGUCUCAGACUGAACGUGCAGAAAAGCCACCUAAUAUCUCAUGUUCAGCGCAAGCAUUGCGUGAGGAGAUGUUGGCGCUACUCGGAUUUCAGGAAGGGGUUCUUCCAAUGAGGGGAGAUGUUGGCGCUACUCGGAUUUCAGGAAGGGGUUCUUCCAAUGAGGUAUCUGGGGUUACCACUUAUAUUGUCUCGACUUACUAUUGCAGAUUGCCGUCCACUACUACUGAAGAUUGA